CAUAAGUCCCGUCCUCUCUUACCUUCCUCCUCCUCCUCCUCGGUUGUACUUGGGCAGCUAGCAGCGGCGCAGCUUUGAACCAACAAACCUACAAACCCGGCAAGCACCUGUGUGAUUAACAACAUUAAAACUUAACUUAGCAAGCGCUGUUCUCAAGAAACAAUCCAGCAACCAUGACUAGCUACCACAAACCCGAUGAGAAAACCCUGCAGGGACUGAAAGACAUCGCUAACAAGCUCAGGAUCAACUCCAUCAAGGCGACAUGCGCCUCCAACUCUGGGCACCCCACAUCCUGCUGCAGUGCAGCAGAGCUCAUGUCUGUGCUCUUCUUCAACACCAUGCGCUAUAAAGCCGAAGACCCUCGUAACCAGUGCAACGACCGCUUUGUGCUCUCAAAGGGCCAUGCUGCACCCAUCCUGUACGCUGCCUGGGCCGAGGCCGGCUACGUGAAGGAGUCUGAUCUGCUCAACCUGCGCAAGAUCGACUCUGACCUGGAGGGCCACCCCACCCCAAAACUGGCCUUUGUGGACGUGGCUACAGGAUCUCUGGGACAGGGUCUCGGGGCUUCCUGCGGGAUGGCCUACACUGGCAAAUACUUUGACAAAUCAAGUUACCGCGUAUACUGCAUGAUGGGAGAUGGAGAGUGCUCAGAGGGCUCAGUGUGGGAGGCCAUGGCCUUCGCCUCGUACUACAAGCUGGACAACCUGGUGGCCAUCAUGGAUGUCAACCGGCUCGGUCAGAGCGAGGCCGCUCCCCUGAAGCACGACAUGGAGGUCUACCGCAAGCGCUGCGAAGCCUUCGGAUGGAACACGUAUGUUGUGGAUGGACACGAUGUGGAGGAGCUGUGCAAAGCUUUCUGGCAGGCUAAGCAGGUCAAAGACAAACCCACCUGCAUUGUUGCCAAAACAUUCAAGGGCAAAGGACUCAAAAAUAUUGAGGAUCUUGAAAACUGGCAUGGAAAGCCCAUCCCUAAGGACAAGGUGGACGGCCUCCUGAAGGAGCUGAAGGCUCAGAUCCAGGUCCCCAACAAGACCCUGUGCCCUGAGCUGCCCAAAGAAGACACUGAACCCGCAGACCUCAGCCCCAUUGCCCUGCUUGCACCCCCGGCAUACAAGAAGGGAGAAAAGAUGGCAACAAGGCGUGCAUAUGGCGUGGCACUUGCCAAACUGGGCGAGGCAAGCAAGAGAGUGGUGGCCCUGGAUGGAGACACUAAAAACUCCACCUUCUCAGAAACCUUCAAGAAGGCCUUCCCUGACCGCUACAUUGAGUGCUUCAUCGCUGAGCAGAACAUGGUGGGAGUGGCCAUUGGCUGCGCCACCCGGGACCGCACGGUUGCAUUUGCCAGCACGUUUGCCGCCUUCUUCUCCAGAGGCUAUGACCAGAUCCGUAUGGGAGCCAUCUCCCAGUCCAAUGUGAACCUGGUCGGCUCCCACUGCGGAGUCUCCAUCGGGGAGGACGGUCCUUCCCAGAUGGCCCUGGAGGACUUGGCCAUUUUCCGUGCUAUCCCAACAUGCACUGUGUUUUACCCCAGUGAUGCAGUUUCCACAGAGAGAGCUGUUGAGCUCUCAGCCAACACAAAGGGUAUCUGUUUCAUCCGUACCAGCAGACCAGACAAUGAAGUCAUCUACUCUCCAGAUGAGAAGUUUGAAGUGGGCAUAGCCAAGGUGGUGCGCCAGUCUGACAGUGAUUGUGUUACUGUGAUUGGAGCUGGUGUGACUCUGCAUGAGGCCCUUGCUGCUGCAGACAUGCUGGCCAGUGAAGGGAAGAACAUCCGUGUGAUCGACCCGUUCACCAUUAAGCCUCUGGAUGCCGCUACUAUUGUGGCAAGUGCCAGAGCCACAAAGGGACAGAUCAUCACUGUGGAGGACCACUACAAGGAGGGUGGUCUUGGUGAAGCCGUUCUGUCAGCUGUGGGCGGGGAGCCCGGCAUUGUUGUGACCCGGCUUGCAGUUUCCGGUGUUCCCCGCAGCGGGAAGUCCACAGAACUGCUCGACAUGUUCGGCAUCAGCGCCAAGCACAUUGCUAACGCCGUGCGUAAGACCUUUGCUAACUAAGGACUGCACCUUGUCUCCUGCGCUGUAAUCUCACAACAAAACGUAUGCCUCAUCUUGCAGCUACCCAAGUGCUAUCUUUGUGGCUUUGGCUUGAGCGAAGUGUGUGCUCAACCUGUAUUGUUAUUACCGUCACAGAUGGAGAGUAAUGGGAAUAGGAGGGCAGUGUUAUCGAAGCCUGUAGUGUAAUAUUACUCCCUCUUAAGCACCAUCUAAAACCCUUUUCUCCCAUUUGCUGUUGCAACGUUCCUUUAGUUGUAUCAUGUUUUCAAAACAGUGUCUUCACUGUAGCUCUGACAUCACUUAAUACUGUAAACCCGGUAUCUUUACAGAUUUAAAAACCUAAGUAGUCGCCCAGGUUCUGAUCCAUUGUGAACCGUCAUGGCUUCUGUUCUGUGUUACCAUUUACAUUUCUUACAACCAUGCAUCAUGUCUUUUCUCUUGACUGGCAUCCUUUCUUAAGAAGCACUGUUACUGUUUGUCUUAAAUCUAAUGUUCUAGACCAGUUUUGCGGUUGUGUUCGUUCACAGCUUUUUGAAGCUUAGCUGUGUUGGAGAACACUUCUUUCAGAUCCAGUGUGAAAUUGUUAACCAAUUUUUUUGUUUUGAACCGUUUGAGCAUUCCUCUAAAGAUUCCUGGCUUCAUGGGCCCACACAAUGUUACUGGCGUUACAGGUCACUGGUGUCAUUCCGUUAUACAUGUUGUGCUGAAUAAAAAAGAAUUAACCCAA